UCUCCAUUUUAUUUUCGUGAUCUGUCUUCUCCGCCUUCUCCGUCCUCUCAUAAAUUCAACACUCUCUCCGCUUUCUGUGUCUUUUUGAAUCAUCGUUGUCGGUAUCGUAUUCACUUAAAAUCAAUCAAAAUGGAAAUGUCAUUGAAUCCGGUGCGCAUUCUGAAGAAUGAGGCCCAGGAGGAAAAGGGCGAAAUAGCUCGCAUGUCCUCGUUCAUCGGAGCAAUAACAAUCGGCGAUUUGGUCAAGAGUACUCUUGGACCGAAAGGCAUGGACAAAAUUCUAGUCUCGUACGGCCGGAACAGUGGAGACGUUCAAGUCACAAACGAUGGAGCCACCAUCCUUAAAUCCAUUGGUGUCGACAAUCCGGCCGCUAAAAUUUUGGUGAACAUGUCACGCGUCCAAGACGAUGAGGUGGGCGACGGUACAACAUCGGUUACAGUAUUAGCCAGCGAAUUGUUGCGCGAGGCGGAAAAACUGAUCGAACAAAAAAUGCAUCCGCAAACCAUCAUUGCCGGAUGGCGACAGGCUGUUGAAGUUGCGCUGGACGCGUUGACUAAGUUCGCUCAGGACCAUUCAAGUAACGUGGAUGCGUUCAGAGAGGAUUUGAUGAACAUUGCCCGGACGACAUUGAGCUCGAAAAUUCUGUGUCAACACAAAGAAUUCUUCUCAAAAUUGGCCGUCGAUGCAGUGCUACGCCUGAAAGGAUCUGCUGACCUGAGAGCCAUUCACAUCAUCAAGAAAACGGGAGGUACACUGGAAGAUUCCUUCUUGGACGAUGGUUUUCUGUUGGACAAGAAACCCGGCGUUCACCAGCCGAAGCGCAUCGAGAAAGCCACCAUCCUGUUGGCCAACACUCCCAUGGACACCGACAAAAUUAAAGUGUUCGGUUCGACCAUCAAAGUCGACUCAAUGGCUCGCAUUGCCGAUUUGGAAUUGGCUGAGAAGGAGAAGAUGAAGGACAAAGUGAACAAAAUCUUGUCACACAAGUGCAACGUAUUCAUUAACAGACAAUUGAUCUACAACUACCCCGAACAACUGUUCGCCGACGCCGGUGUUAUGGCCAUCGAGCAUGCCGAUUUCGACGGAAUCGAACGUUUGGCCCUGGUCACUGGGGGCGAAAUCGUCUCAACAUUCGACAAUCCCGAAUUGGUCAAGUUGGGCGAAUGCGAUGUCAUCGAACAGGUGAUGAUUGGCGAAGACAUUCUGUUGAAGUUCAGCGGCGUUAAGUUGGGAGAAGCAUGUACAAUUGUCAUUCGUGGUGCCACACAGCAAAUUAUCGACGAGGCGGAUCGUUCCCUUCAUGAUGCGUUGUGUGUUUUGGCUGCUACAGUUAAGGAGACACGCAUUGUUUAUGGUGGUGGAUGUUCGGAAGCGUUGAUGGCCUGUGCCAUUUUCAAAAAGGCUGUCGAAACACCGGGCAAGGAAGCUAUUGCCAUGGAAGCCUUUGCUAGAGCUCUUCUCCAACUACCAACAACCAUUGCCGAUAACGCCGGCUACGAUUCAUCACAACUGGUGUCCGAACUUCGUGCAUCGCACGCUCAAGGUAAACAGUUCACCGGAUUGGACAUGGAAAAUGGUAAAACUGGCGACAUGAAAGAGCUGGGCAUCACCGAAUCAUUCGUGGUGAAGCGGCAGGUAUUGCUGUCCGCAUCGGAAGCAGCCGAAAUGAUAUUGCGGGUGGACAAUAUCAUUCGAUGUGCGCCACGCAAGCGUGUGCAAGAUCGAGGAAUGUGUUAGGUUCGGUUUUUCACUUUCGAUUUUCGCGGAAAAUGCUUUCGUUUUCAUUUAACUUGUCGCUUUAACUAACCCACUCUCAACCAUUUUUUGUAGCAUUUUAAGAUUUAAUAAAAAGAGAAAAUGUCACACUCAG